AUGGCUGCAAGCUGGGUCUUCCAUUGUCUGUGGCUUUUGGCUGUUCUGAUAGGAUGCACAGGUGGCCACAGCCAGUUCUCAUGUGAGCCCAUCAUCUUGAGGAUGUGCCAGGAUCUUCCUUACAACACCACUUUUAUGCCUAACCUUUUGAACCAUUAUGAUCAGCAAACAGCAGCUCUAGCCAUGGAGGUAAGAGUUAACAUCCACCUAAAUGUACGAUAGCAUUCACAGUGGUGGAAUUGCCUUUGGUACAAAAAUAAUUGAAGAGUUUCCCUACAUCUGCUUGCAGGAAUAAUGCACAAAACAACAGAGGUGCAUUGGUGCUCUUGAGGACGCUUUACACAUUAUGAACAACCUACAUGGCGAAACAGCAUAAAACCUGCAUAUAAAGUGGUAUUAGGUGGCUAUAUGCAUAUGCAGUUUGAACUGCUGUUCUUUUACACAAAAGUGCUUUCCAUUUAAAAUAAAUGGUAUUUGAAGCAGUUCCUUGAGAUAAAAACACGAGUUCUUUGAAUGGUAUAGAUAAAUACAGCCAUCAUGGAUCAUCAUAGCAGCCCUGAGUCUGGGACUAAUUUUGUGGCAUGUUUAUAUCUGGGGGGCAUUCAGAAAAAAUUGUGCUGAGGUGGUAGUUCAUCCUGGAUUUUUGAUCCUGAAAAUUGGUGGUGGGUUGGUUGAGAAGCGAUUCCCCGUGCUUUUGGGUACAAAGUGUCAUGGCAAAAUCUGCUCCCCUCCCUGCUUGACAGGGUUGCAAUAAAGGCGAACAGGAGUGUCCGUUUAUGAAGAGUGGAUGAUUCUGCUGCAGUGGAAUCGUUGCCUCUGGUUUUUGGCCAAGUGCCUGAGGUCUCCUUAGCUUUAGGGCAGGAUUGCCUAAUGUAUGGCUCUCCAGCUGCUGUUGUACUGCAGUUCCCAUCAUCCCUGACCUUUGGCCAUACUGGCUGGGACUUGCGGGAACUGGAAUCGAAGAACACCUGAAGGGUCACAGGUUAGCCAACUGUACUUCAGAGCGACUUCAGUAGCAGGUUUCCCUUCCUCCAAGUACACCAAGAGAUGAAGAACCAGUGAGGAGAGUGCUCCUACCAUGAAGUCCUUGCCCCUCAUUUGCCCACAUGUCAGCUUUUAUCUCAGUGCAGUGGCUGCCCCUCUUAUCAGUAAUAAUAAUAAUAAUUUUAUUAUUUGUACCCCGCCCAUCUGGCUGGGUUUCCCCAGCCACUCUGGGUGGCUUCCACAGAGACCAAAAAUACACUAAAAUGUCACCCAUUAAAAACUUCCCUGAACAGGGCUGCCUUAAGAUGUCUUCUGAAUGUCAGGUAGUUGUUUUUCUCUUUGACAUCUGGUGGGAGGGUGUUCCACAGGGCGGGCGCCACUACCAAGAAGGCCCUCUGCCUGGUUCCCUGUAGCUUUGCUUUUUGCAAUGAGGGAACCGCCAGAAGGCCCUCAGCACUGGACCUCAGCAUCCGGGCAGAACGGUGGGGGUGGAGACGCUCCUUCAGGUAUACUGGGCCAAGGCUGUUUAGGGCUUUAAAGGUCAACACCAACACUUUGAAUUGUGCUCGGAAACGUACUGGGAGCCAAUGUAGGUCUUUCAAUGUAGGUGUUAUGUGGUCUCAGCGGCCGCCCCCAGUCACGAGUUAUGAGCAUUGCAUCUGCUUUUGCCUGCAACAUGCUUCUCAUUAGCAGGGCUCACCUGUAUGACUACUCCAGUAGGCACGGCCUUCAUUCUUUCUUGGCUUUGUCUGCUCUUGGUGACUUCAGCAUGUAGCCAAACUUUAUUUGACUGUAGUGUCAUAAUUUCAUCAUGCUCACUGCAAUAGAUCAAAUGUAAACAUAGACGAGGUUUUAAUUUGUAUAUCCCUGUUGCACAAACACAAAAACUGUGUACAAAAUAACAGUUCAUUUGAAUCACACUUUUCUUCUUGGGGUCAAGAAGUUGUGAUUGCCUUCUGAUUUAUUUAGGGGAGCACUAGGUAAACUGGAAAAGGGUGAUUAUAAAUUACUUCCAGUAAUUUUGAACAUGCUUUUUAAGCUUCCCAAUGUUAGGAGCAUUCCCAAAGGGGAAAAUUUCCUCAAAGGAAAUUGCCAUUGCAAGAUACAUAUUCCUGCUAGUGAUCCUGCUGUUGCAUUGCAGACACUGCUAUGAUCAAGACUCUAGCUGUUUCAUAUUCCUGCACUUUGUGUUACAGAUUAGAUUUGCCACAUUUCUCCAAAUAUAUUCCAUUUCCAAUAUAGUCUUACAUAGUGACAAGUGUAUGUUAUUACAAAUGAAAGUUCCCCAAAUUCUAUUUUGAAUUAAACAGAACAAUAUCCUUGUUAUGUUGGCCUUCAAAGCAUGAGAAUUACCUUCUGUUCUACAGUAUAAUUUUAGUAGUUAAAAUGUGGGUCUAGUCUACACCCAAAGGCCUCUUGUGCCCCACCAAGCAGUGCUGAGAAUGACACAGUUUUUCUUCAGCUUCUGUAGAGCAAUCUUAUAUGGUGGGCAGAUAUUUUUAAUCAUACUUCCUCAGAACUUCUUAACUAUUGAAAUGGCUCCCUCAUCCAGACUAUUAUAGAAUCAUAGAAUUGUAGAGUUGGAAAGGAUCUCACGGGUCAUCUAUUCCAACCCUCUAGUAGGCCUUGUCAUUUUUCAAAGUACAUUACUUGUAUCUUACAGAGGCCUAAUUUGUAUAUACUAACAAUACUGCAACAAUAUCUCUCCACAUCUUUGUAAUUUCUCUCUGGUUUCAAGUCUGUGCUGUCUCCUUAUUUUGAUCAAAAGUUACUAAAGUCUCUAUAAAGGUUGGGCAGGCCUUUAUUUUCUAUUCUUUUGAUUCCCACUCUGUGUGGCAUCCGCCCUAGUAGUUGGAUGAGCUGUUGUGAUACCAUAAUUAGGGAGGUUUCCUUUCCAGGAUAAAAUAGUUAGCAUCAGUUAACUUAGUUUGGGAAGUAAGGUAUGUCACAUUUAUCCUUCUUUCUGCCCUUGAAUUUCUGUCUGCAUAGGAUGCAUUAUUUCUUCUAGUGUAUGGCUUACGGUAACAGUAUCUUCUUCUUACUCUCAAGAGUUACCAAAAGCUGCUGUGGUGAAAUCUGGUUAUCAGUAGAAGUGGAAUGUUGAAAAUUACAAAGGCCUCCCAUCCACCUUGUUUCUUUGUCCAUUUUUUUGUUCUGUCAUCAUAUUAAAACUGGUAUUUCGUUGUUUUACCUAAGGUUAUCAGUUUCUUGUAUUCCAGAGUUCCCCUAUAAUGUGUUGGCAGCCUCAAAUAGUUUCAGAUGAUUCCUGCAUUGCAAGGGGUUGGAGUAGAUGACCCUUGGGUCCCUUCCAGCUCAAUGAUUUCAUGAUUCAGAUGUGGGCUUAAGCUUGUACUUUGAGUUAUAUCAACGCCAAAUACGGUUUGCUGGAGAAUUUGAGGUGGGGGACCCCCCCCCCCCGUACACCUCCAAGUCUGAUCCUGAGGCACACAGAGUAACACUGUCUCUUGGAGCUACUGAAAGCAACUCUUUCCUAAGCAGAGGCACAGUUCUGUUUGACUAGUUUCUUUAAAUUCUGGCGUAUUGGUCAGAUUGAGCUGUCCAAAUUGUAGAAGCAGAGGAAGUAGGAGCUGUCCAACAUUGAUCAGGGUGCUAAGAAGAUAUGCAUUGACUUACAAAUUUAAAAAAAACAACCCUGUAUGUUUCAGCAUUCACUCGUCUCUUGAAAUAUGUGAUAAAUUUGCUGAUGGUCUCACUGAAUAUUGCCCUGCUCCACCAUACUCCCUCUGUGGAAGAGCUUAUCAUACAGAAAAACUCAUCUAGCUAAUGUUGUACCUAUGUCAUUGAAUUAAGUUUAUCUUUCUAACUACCUAUUCAGCUGUUGACAAAAAUAUGGAGAGGGGAGCUGUGAUAGAGUUCAAUGAAAGUUUGUAGUAGGAACCAGGGUUUAACCUAGAGAAAAGAAAAUAUGUGUAUGCUUUUCUGUUUUCAAAUAUUUACAGUGUUAUCCAUUUAAAAGUAAUAGCUCAGUAUUAAGUAGGUAUGGAUUUGAACAUUUAAGCAGAAUGAUCAACAUCAAGAGCAGACAAGCUGUGGAAAAGGUGGUUUAGUGAGGUAGAUUCUCCCUGCACAUUUUGAGGGAAAGACAGAAACGUAUCUUCUUAUGAAGCUCUUCUUGCUUCAGAUGGAGGGCCUUCGUCCCCCCAGUUGACAAACCAGCAGCUACACUCUGUCUGCUCCCACUGGUGUCCUGCAUUUUCCUUGAUGUUAGAACAGUUAGACUUUCUCUCAUAAUCUUGGCUCAGUUGUGCUCUCCCCCCCUCACGUUGCAAGGAAUUAAAGAGGGUAUUCUUGCUCCUGCUUUGUGCCCAUAUAGUAAAAUGUCACUUGAGAAAUGCAGUAAACAGUAUUGCAUGCAAGCAUAGCAGGUAAAUAAUGAACAAUUAGACAUUUUGCUAAAUGUUUUUAAAGACUGCUUUGGGGGAUUUUACUUCUAGAAUGUGGUGGGUUUGUUGCCAUUUUUCCUUUUUAAUUUAUGCGUACUGACUUUGUUUUUUGGGGUCACCCAGGCAGAUGGCUUGGUAUUAUGGUUAAUUCAAAUGUCUAGGAGAGGCUUAACAGCAGGGAACUUAUGCUGUGUUAGAAAAGAUGAACAUAAGAGGCUGCAGGAUCAGGCCAGUGGCCCAUCUAGUCAAGCAUCUUGUUCUCACAGUGAGCAACCUUUACAAAACCCGCAAAGAGGGCCCAAGCGUAGGAGCACUAUUGCGGUUUCACUGGCUAUAAAUGCACCAGUAAAAAAACUUCCAUGGAUGAAUGGAGGCAAUGCAAGACUUUCUUUUUGGUUGCGACCAGGCUCCCUCUUUCUUUCUUUCUUUCUUUCUUUCUUUCUUUCUCUCUCUCUCUCUCCCUUUGCAGCAAUGGCAGUUUUGCAUUUUGAAAUACAUAGUUAUUGCCACUGUGACUGGUGGGGAGCUGUAUUCUAUGCCAGGUGAAGCAUCCAAGUUUUCAUUAGCCCCAGGUAGAACUGGACUCUAGUUUUCGGCUGACAAAAACCACUUACUAUUUUUGUUCUUCAUAAUGGCCUUUCAGUUUUUCUGAGCUACUCCUUGAUUAGGAAGUGAGCUGAAUGCAGGGGGUGUGGGCAGCCCCCCCCCCAUUAAACUUAGAUCUUUUAGAAGACAUCUGAAGGCAGCCCUGUUUAGGGAAGCUUUUAAUGUUUAAUAGACUAUUGUAUUUUAAUAUUUUGUUGGAAGCCACCCAGAGUGGCUGGGGAAACCCAGCCAGAUGGGUGGGGUAUAACUAUAUUAUUAUUAUUAUUAUUAUUACUAUUAUUACUAUUAUUACUAUUAUUAUUACUAUUACUAUUACAUCCCCACCGUUCAGCCCAACAGUGAUCCUUGCUUUGCUUCCAAACAGCUUACCUCUCCAGUAGCUGGUUGAUUUACAUAAAGCACCCUCUCUCUCUCUAUAUAUAUACAUAUGAUUUGCUGAAAUGGCAGAAAAAGCAAUAAAAUUCAUGGGACGUGCAUAUCUGCACACCUGUGCCUUCCCUGGCACCUUUGCCUCUGUUUCCCAUAUCAUGUCUCUGGCCAUGAUAUUAGCAAACCCCUUUCUCUGCUGGCAAAAGGACUGUUCCUAUGGAUUCCAGCCUUUUGUGCUGGGACAAAGGUUGGCAUUCUGAUUCCCCGGAGCCAAAUUGUGCCCUUUGACUCUCUCCCCUUUUCACACUCCUCGCUGAGCUUGGCCUGUUGCUAUGCUUCAAAGCCUGUGGGUGUAGGGUUACCAUGGCAAUGGGGAUGAAACUCCGAGAGAGGAGGGGCCACAGUGUGAAUAGAACACACAGGCCUUGUUAAUCUGAAUGUGAAUGAAGGAGGAAGGCUCCUUUGUACUUCAUCUCCAUGUUGCCCAAACCUACAAUUUAUCAGCAGGGAAGCAACUUUCGCGUUUGCUAACUUAUUUAUAUUUGCUGUUUCUUGAGGCUUAUGGAACAAAAGUGGUCGUGUCAGAGGCAGCGAACAGCAAACGCCUUGAGUUUUAAUAAAAAUUGUUUCUUUGACUUUAUAGAGGCUUUUGUUCCUUUUACAGCCAGAACGCUGCUCCCCAGAUACUACUCCAUAGCUUUCCUUUUUAGAUCACAGCUCACCUUUCUGUGUUGACAAAAGAGGUUUUCCCCUGAAGUUCGGAAUCCAUAGAUCCAGUGCAGGAGGGGGCCGUGGGUGGGUGCAGGACCAGAUUUAGGGUGGUUCAGGCAGUUUCCCUGCACAAGGUGCUAAGCCAAGGUGGCGCAAAAUGCAUAAUUUGGGGUGCCAAAUUUUGGCCAUGCGCAUGGCACCAUAUUACGAAAGGUUACCGAAGUCCGUCCCUAGUAGGUGCAGGGGAAAAAUCCUUCUUAAUUUAUAUCCCCUAAUUCCCAUCUAUCUAUCAGCUCUGCUUGUCUAGACAUGAGCAGUUGUGUGUAGAUCAACCUAAUGUUGAUCACAUAUACUGUAUCUAAGCCUAAACAAAUAGGUUCAUGCCAUGAGAAAAAUAGGUGGUAGGGGGUUCCUGGAUGCUUGACUUGUAUAUCCUGAGGCUUUUUCUUCACUGUGGAAGGAAAUAUGAGGGCUGGCGAAAGGAGCCGGCUAUAUACAACCUCCAGAGACCAUCAUAGUUCUGUCGUAGAGUAGAAGACAAAGGAAUGCCAGGCUCAGUUCCUGAUCAGAAUUCUUUUCCCUCCCCCCUUUCAAAUUCAAAUAGUUACUAGGGUAACGUAGAGGCAACAGUCCUGUUCUAAAGUGCAGGCAUCAUGUUCAUUAGAAUAACAAAAUGAGACAUGAAUUCCACCCUGUCACUAAUAGUAAGGGAGAAUGAAUUAAAAAUGUAGGAGGAAAGCUCUUUUGCACGGCUCAAUCCCAUCAGUAGAGACGUAUGCUUUUCCUGAUUGCAGCUUUUGUAGCUAUGCUUCUCGUUGCAUGAUGUCUGCUUUUAAGUCUCUCUUUAAGCUACUAGAAGACUAUUCUGUCUUUCUUUCUCUCCACCCAGCUCCCAGGCUUGCAUGGUACCCCCCCCCCACACACACACAUGAGAGAGAAAUCUUGGGGGUUAUGGACCAAGGCUAUUUCAGUAUGAGCAUGUCUGCCAUAGUUGCAAGGGUUAGCACCACAUGGCACCUGACUUACAAAUGGCCAUUCAUUUGUCAUCUCUGACAAGUAGAAUUUCCCCAUCCGUGCUGAAAAAGUUUCUGGUUCUUGAAGAUUUAAUAGCGGGAGGCAGUUCAGUCCAGGGCCUCCAUAAUGCAGCUCUGUUUAAUACAGUGUCUUUGCCAACUCAGGGAGGAAUUCAAGGUUGCUUUCUUUCAACAGAAGCAUUUCGGCUUGUUCAGUGGAGUGACCUUCCCCUCUCCUUCUGCACACUGUUUUGGGUUUUUCCCUGAUUCCCCAGAGCCAAUAGGGGGGGCAUGAGGGGGAGCACAGGAGUCUGGUUGCGCUAGUAUAAGGCCUUGUGCUGGCUGCAGCUAAUGGAACUACAUAGUUGAGCCUGGACUACAAUUUCCAUCACCCCAGCCAGGACUGCUCUCUGGUGCUGUGGCUGAUGGGAGUUGUAGUCCGGAUCUGUAGAAAGGCUGUUCUAGAGGCUAUGUAUGAAACUUUCCCUCUUCCAGCUUUGGAGCUGGAAUGACAUUAAGUGGAAGAGCACUUGCCAUCAGAAAUUUCGGAGGGGAUGUUGUCCCCUCCCCCACACCACCCUUCUCCAAAGGGAGAGAGUGAUCAAAUGGCUUCCUGGUGCUUGCUUUCAUAGGUGACUGCCAACUAAAAAUCUGCAUACACUAAUAUCAUGUACUCAUUUGCAUAUGUUCACUUCCUCUGGGGACACUGGUAACCGUAGCAGUCGCUGACAGCAUGUGUGUCUCAUUACUUUUUAUGUCUAGACAGCUUAUUGUAGUAUUGGGGUGCGGGGAACUGACUUAUCACAUCGUAUUUGUAUCACACCCUUCCUUCAAGGAGUUCAGGGUGGUAUACAUUGGCUUAUCACAUUCUCCCAACCACUCCUUGAGGAGGUAGGAUAGGAUUAAUGUAGGAGAUAGUGACUUGCUCAAGGCCACCCUGUGAUUUCCUUGACUGAGUGGGAAUUUUAACCUAAGUCUUUUUUUUUUUUUUUUUAAAUGAUAUUUAUUAAAGUUUCACAAAAAUACAGAAAACAAAGAGAAAAGUAUAGAUUACAGAAAAAAAGUAAAAAGUAAGAAAAAACAUACAAAAUAAAACAGUUAAAAACACAAUAAUGUUCCAUAGCCUAUCUUCCUUACUCUUAUUUCCCCAGACCUCCUCAUACCUCCCUUCUUUGUAUUCCAAUUCAGUUUGUUGGUUCAGCAAAUCCUUACCAUUAAUCUUUUACCCAAUUGUUAACCUUUUUUUUUCAUAUCUCUUAAAGCAUUACAGCUAAAAACCUCUUAAUUUCUAUCCAACAUCCUUCUAAUUAACCUAAGUCUUUCCCAAUCUAAACCAAACACACUAUUUAUCUACUACAGCACUCCAACUAUGUAUUACUUAGAAUCUUAGAGUUGGAAGGGACCCCAAGGGUCCUCUAGUCUAACCCCCUGCAAUACAGGAAUCUCAACUAAGGCAUCCAUGGCAGACGGCCAUCCAACCUCUUUUAAAAACAUGAUUUAUAGCAUCUGUUUCUUUAUAGUAUUGUAUCUGGUUUUUAUACAGCAAACUGUAGCAUAGCAGUGUUAACUUAAACAAGCAUGUAUUGUUGAUUUGGUUUCUUUUUACACCCCUGCUCUCAUCUCUUUAAUUCAUAAGGAAUGUGCCAUAUUUUUCUGCUCCUAUCUAAAAAUUGAAUACUUGGCAGCUUAAUGUCUAGGAUAGCCUCAGGGUGAAUUCAGAUUUACUACUUACAUUGUCCCACCAAGGAAGGGUAGCAUCUUAGAAAAUACUUUAACAUAUAAGAACUGAUCUAUAGAGUUACAUUUCUAGCUGCCUGAACGUGUAUGUCUGGCACGACAUAGUGAAUAGUGUUGUGUAUCUGUGGUGCUUUUGCCAUAGAAAUAGGUCAGGGAUUACCAAAACAGUGCCCAUGGGCACCAGUGUACCUACCAGAUCUGCCCUGUGAAUUGACAUUUCUUAUUAAACUAGGCCUGUAUAAUUUGUACUUUGCUAAACAAAAUGCGCGGGACGUGGGUGGCGCUGUGGGUUAAACCACAGAGCCUAGGACUUGCCAACCAGAAGGUCGGCGGUUCGAAUCCCCAUGACGGAGUGAGCUCCCGUUGCUCGGUCCCUGCUCCUGCCCACCUAGCUGUUUGAAAGCACAUCGAAGUGCAAGUAGAUAAAUAGGUACCGCUCUGGCGGGAAGGUAAAUGACAUUUCUGUGUUCUGCUCUGGUUUGCCAGAAGCGGCUUAGUCCUGCUGGCCAUGUGACCCAGAAGCUGUACGCCGGCUCCCUCGGCCAGUAAAGUGAGAUGAGCGCCGCAACCCCAGAGUCGGUCACGACUGGACCUAAUGGUCAGGGGUCCCUUUACCUUUACCUUUAAACAAAAUGCAGCUCAUCAGCCAUGUCUGGUGGCCAUCAGGGGCUUGAUAAAUUCAAAGGGCUACUAAUGGGUGGGAUGAGGAUGUGGUUUCAAGCGAUUGUCUGGUGGGCUUAUUCAGCUCAGUGGCCCAUGAUUUGUGUGGUGACCUCUGAAGGUGCAAGUCCACCAAGCAAAGGGAAAGUGCGUUACGAUGGCAUUGAGCAAAUAUUUGUGUUGGCAUUCCGUGCAGUCUGUUGCCAGAAUUAUCUGUCAUAUUUGAUCUGUUCCUCCCCACCCUGAAAAAGCUGGGCAGAGAUUAUGAGAUCUUAUAUUAUGAUAACCACCCAGGCUGUUUCACAAGACGGAAUCUGAAAUGGUGGCUUGGAGCUAUUUAAUUUUGUUUUCUCUUCAUAGCCAUUCCACCCAAUGGUGAACCUUGAAUGCUCCCGGGACUUUCGGCCAUUCCUGUGUGCUCUCUAUGCUCCUGUUUGCAUGGAGUAUGGCAGAGUCUCCCUCCCGUGUCGCAGAAUUUGCCAGCGAGCCUACAGUGAGUGUUCAAAACUCAUGGAGAUGUUUGGUGUGUCCUGGUCAGAGGAUAUGGAGUGCAGCAGGUGAGAAAUCCUCUGGAUUUGUGUGUGUUUUUAAACGGCCACCUACAGAUUUUAACACGUUCCAGGAAUUAUAAAAUUACUUUGUUUUUCAGCCUUAGUGCUGUACGCCCCGUCCCUCCCUUUUCUGGACACUAAACCAACUAAGUGACCCACAGUAACUCUCCUGCUUUGACUGGGUUCCUACCCAGCAGGCAGAGGCUACUACAUUUCAGAGUCUCGUCAAACACUUGAAAAUUCCUGUUCCAAUCUUCCUUUUCAUUUUUUUCUCCCCACAAGCCAACUUGCCCCUUUCAGACAAAAAGGUGACGGCAUGGUGAAUGACAAAACAAUUGUUCAGUCUUCAAACCAGCUGAGCAUGUUCCCUACUUUAAUUGAGUAAUCUCAAAUCUUUUUUUGCUUUCGUUCAAAAGGAGAAUAUGCCAAGUAAAGGUGUCAUGGCACAUAAAGAACACAAACAAUGCAUACACAGGGCAGCUGAGACAGACUAGAAAGGCUUUACUAGCUUAAUAAAGGCAUUAGAGUGAGAAUAAUCACUCUGGCCACAAGGACAACUUGGCUUCUUGUGUUAUUUUUGCAUCUCUCCUUUUUCUCUUUCCUCAUUUGGCUAAGAUACAAGAAAAGGCUCUUAGAUUAUGUUCAAAAAGUCAAGAAAGCUGGUCAUAAUCUACAGGAGACCAGACAACCAAUGUUCUGUUCUGCUUUGCAGUGAACUUGAGUCAUCUUUUGUUGUUUGCCCUAAGCUUGGCUCCAGAGAGAGACCUUCUCAGUCAUAAAGCCAUAGAGACAUAAAGCCUCUCAGUCCAUUCUGCCCACUUCUCUUCAAGUCCAGCAUGAAGUUUUACUGUCCAUCUGCUGUCCUACACUCUUCCUCUUGUUCACAUGCAGGCCGUCCAGUGGGCAAAGUGCUGGUCUAAGGCCUGGGAAACCUGAUGGAGACCAUCUAAUAGAUAGGAGAGGUACUUGUAGUAAGGAGUCAGAGGAUUGAAGAUCAUAUGUAUUGGUAAAAACAGUGAAGUGUGCUAAAUAAAAGUUGGUCAAAGUGACUGAUUUGAUUUAUUUUAAUUAACAAAAUGUGUAUACUGCUUAAUUUUAAAUAAGACCUCUAAGCAGUUUGCCAAGAAUACAAACAUUAACAUGAUCAGUAGAAAUCAAAGUUUAAAAACAAGUUUAAAAGCGAUGUCCAAGAAUCCCAGACUACAGUGUCAGGAUGUUACUUUGAUUCUUAGGUAUACAGCCUGUCUCAAAACCUUGAGGCGACAACAUCUCCUCCUCUCCAUUCAUAAUAAUAAUAAUAAUAAUAAUAAUAAUUUAUUAUUUGUACCCCGCUCAUCUGGCUGGGCUUCCCCAGCCACUCUGGGGGCUUCCAAAAAAUAUAUAUUAAAAUACUCUAAUACAGCAUUUUGUUACUCCUCCAAGGCUAUUCUGGUUUAGGGCCAAGGAAGCCGCAUGAUUUUUUUGUUGACAUUAGUAAAAUGUGUGUGUCCAACAGCAGCUUCUCCUUUCUUGCCAUUCUAGGUUCCCGGAUUGUGAUGAGCCUUACCCUCGCCUUGUCGAUCUCAAUGUAGUUGGGGAAGUGACGGAAGAAGCACCAGUGGCAGUGCAAAGAGAUUACGGCUUCUGGUGCCCCCGAGAGUUGAAAAUCGACCCGGAUCUGGGCUACACAUUCCUGCGGGUACGGGACUGUUCCCCUCCUUGCCCGAAUAUGUAUUUCAGGCGCGAAGAGCUCUCUUUCGCACGAUACUUCAUUGGUGUGAUCUCCAUUGUCUGCCUUUCGGCCACCUUGUUUACUUUCUUGACUUUCUUGAUUGACGUCACGAGGUUUCGCUACCCAGAAAGGCCCAUCAUCUUUUAUGCCGUCUGUUACAUGAUGGUAUCGCUCAUUUUCUUCAUUGGCUUUCUGCUAGAGGACCGGGUGGCCUGCAAUGCCUCCAGCCCCACCACGUACAAGGCUUCCACGGUGACUCAGGGCUCCCACAACAAAGCGUGCACGAUGCUUUUCAUGGUGCUCUAUUUCUUUACCAUGGCUGGCAGUGUCUGGUGGGUGAUCCUUACCAUUACUUGGUUCCUGGCAGCUGUGCCAAAGUGGGGCAGCGAAGCCAUUGAGAAGAAAGCCCUCCUCUUCCACGCCAGUGCGUGGGGCAUCCCAGGGACCCUCACCAUCAUCCUCCUAGCGAUGAACAAAAUCGAAGGCGACAACAUCAGCGGCGUGUGCUUUGUUGGCCUCUAUGACGUGGAUGCCUUGAGAUACUUUGUCCUUGCUCCCCUCUGCCUGUAUGUGGUGGUUGGGGUCUCUCUGCUACUCGCCGGCAUCAUCUCUUUAAAUCGGGUUCGUAUUGAAAUUCCUCUAGAGAAGGAGAACCAGGACAAGCUGGUGAAAUUCAUGAUCCGGAUCGGUGUCUUCAGCGUCCUCUACCUCGUGCCACUCCUGGUUGUGAUUGGCUGCUAUUUUUAUGAGCAAGCUUACCGAGGUGUGUGGGAGACGACGUGGAUACAGGAACGGUGCAAAGAGUAUCACAUACCCUGCCCUUAUCAGGUGAGCAAGCAUCUAUCUCUCUGCAAGGUAUUUGCACAUGGUCCACUCCCAUUUAUUCCCAGUUUUAUAAACCUGCCGUCGCUCUCCUACUUCCUUAUAGGAACAUGCUGCAAUGGCAUAAUCAUAUAGACAACUGGAAAGUAUGAGUUAGGGAAGAAUUCUGGUGGAAAAAUGACAUGAAAUAGGAACAGGAGUUGGAACCAUCAGAACCUUUUUACCGGUGGAUUAUUUUUGUCCAUGAAGGUAGAAAGUCCAGCUGUUAAGGAACUGAAGGUUUAUAAUUUACAAAGCACAUAAAACUGAGUAAGAUAAGCAAGACAAUCCCUGCCUUGCAGGCUUACAGUCUAAGGAUGACAUGGCACAGAAGAGAAAAGGGAGCAAGCUUGCAUGAGGGAUAGUUUUAGAAAGAACAGAUACAGCCCGUUGGAAAGAGGCCAUCUCUCUUCUAGGUUUUCAGGGGAAUUUUGGGUAAUAAGUAGACUUUUGAGGUUGGAUGGAGGUGACACAUGGCCUUUUCUUUGCCAAAGUCAACAACAGGCUUAUAAAGGCAAUAGGAGGACAGGAGAAAUUGGGUUGGUGGUUGGGUGAGAUAAAUAAGGCAGGCAACUGUGCAGUAACUCCUAUCUCUGUUGCCAAAAGCACAAGUGAGCAACAAGGCAGUCCCUCCUCUUUCACCCCAAAACAACCCCCAAGUCCUCAUUGCUAAUACUACAACCACCAUAAAGCAGGUGAGCUGACAACGCCCUCCUCCCCUGUCCAAAACCACCUACUUCAUAACAGGGCACAAAAUCGAAGGGCCAACUGGCCCGGCAUUCCUUCUGCUGCCUCCAUCACCAGCACAAAGCAGACAAGCAGCUUAGAAAUCCAACUCCGUUGCCCUGAUGGAGCCAACUGGCCCAUUUUGUUCAUUAAUAUUGCUGUGCUUGAACGAUGGGGUUUUCUUUAAGCAAGUAGGGCUGAAAUAUAAAAGAUUCUCAAGUGUUUCAGCAGUUGUGGUUGGCAUAAUGCAGCGGGCUUCACAUACACACUCUUGCAAUUUCACCUGUCCCUGGGUCUUUGCUGCUUUCUUCCUCCCGUAACUUGUUCUAGCACAACGAGAUUAAAAUCUUUCUCAUUACUGUGACAUAUACCUGUACCAGCAAAUAUCACAUUUCUUUCAGUAAUAUUAAGGGUGGGUGUGAUUAACGUGCAUAGCUGUGUAACAAUAUGCAGAAUGGCUGCUUCCCAACUGCUCAGAGUUGAGAAUUUAAUCAGUAAGCUUAUCUUGAAAAGAACAGAUUAAUUAUGUUUAUUGGGCUACUGAAAGCUUAAUGAGGAGAACAUAAAAUUCACAAUGCUGCUUGAUAGUUAAAAGGGGGUGUGUAUGAAGGAAAAGUGUAAAUCUGCCAACUGCUAUUUUGAUAUCAUAGAAUCAUAGAAUCAUAGAGUUGGAAGAGACCACAAGGGCCAUCGAGUCCAACCCCCUGCCAAGCAGGAAACACCAUCAGAGCACUCCUGACAUAUGGUUGUCAAGCCUCUGCUUAAAGACCUCCAAAGAAGGAGACUCCACCACACUCCUUGGCAGCAAAUUCCACUGUCCAACAGCUCUUACUGUCAGGAAGUUCUUCCUAAUGUUUAGGUGGAAUCUUCUUUCUUGUAGUUUGGAGCCAUUGCUCCGUGUCCGCUUCUCUGGAGAAUGGAAGAUACGCCAUUUUCUAGUGACAGGCUUUAUGCCUUUUGCAACCUAUGCUUAAGAUGCUUGAAAAUGCUCCACAGUUUUAACAUCCAUGUACAAACUUCUAGGAACUCUAACCCAAUCAGAGGUUCUUGGACCCCCGUGUUGCAUGCCUGUUGCAUCCUCCUCACGCAUGGGCUGGAAGGGCGAACAUGAGGACGACACAGCUGUGCAGGCAUGCACCCUUCCAAUCAGCCUUUUGCAUCCUCCUGACGCCCUGCCAGCCCCACGUGGCUUUGCCAGGCUGGGAUCAGACUCACAAAGCAGCGUGGGUCUAGCAGGGGCGGCAUGAGUAGCAAAAUGCAUCCUCGAAAAAACUGUUCCUGAGCCGACGGCCCCCCUCUCCCCACCCACACUACACCUCUGCUAAGAUCUCGUGUAGUGGGAGUGAGCCGGUUGGGUUGGACUUUAGGACCCACCAGCAGAGAAGGCAGGACAAACAUCUUAGGAAGGAGACAGAGCUCCCAGCAUUCCUCGGUCUAUCCUGCCUUCACAGCAAGCAGCACACAUCUUCCUUAAGCUGCAGUGUUUGUCACGGGAGGUCUGUUGCCCUGCCAGCUUUCCCCCUCGCUUCUGUGGCUUCUACCCAUGAACCAUGUACACACUUUGGUUGUAGCGCCAAAGGUUGUUAGCAGACUCCUUUCCGUCUGUGGAGUUUCCCCAGCAGGAGCUGGUGCCGUCCAUUUCUGCUUCCCAGCUUAGUCGAGAUGGGAGCAGAUCAGUUAUCUGUCUUUCAAAUCACCACAACCCUGUUUUAUUUUUGGAGUUCUGUUCCAAGGAAAGUGCUCUUCUGCUCCCCAGGUAGCCGCAGGCCUAACUCUGAGCAGUGACUGGAAGUAAUUUGUUAUAUAAAGGGAGCAAGAGUGUGCUAGCUCUUAAUUGCAGCUGGCAGUUCUCCAGAGUCAAACCUAAUCUAUGUGAGCAAACGGCAGGAAAGGAAAGAUGUGCACAGCUCUUAGUUUUGUCCAAAGUGUGAUGACGUUGGGCCUGUCCACCGCCAGACCAGGAGUGAGAUGCCACCUCCUCCAAGCUGUGAACAGCUGGUUGAGGAUCCUGCAGCUAUUUGGAGCUUGAGGAUCUUGCAGCUAUUUGAAAUCUCAUUUCAGAGAGAAAUUCUCAAGUGUUCAGAUAAUCGGAGGAUCUCUCAGUUUGGAUUCUUUACUUCACCUUGUGAUGAGAGGGACAGAGAACAGGCAGUGCUGACUGUGCGAGCCAAAGACCCGCACCUGGUCUCUCCUUGAGGGUAGUCCCAGGGGUGAAAUGUUGAAAGAGGUUUGGGCUGUUCUUAGCUUUCCCUCAGGAGUGAAAUUGCCCAAACCAGAAGCUACUUGCCAUCUGGUCUAGUCUGAUACGCUGUCUGAAUUAUAGCUUUAAGACUAGCAGAAGCAGCUGCUAUUUGGAAUUGGGAAGAUCUUGAAUUCUCAACACCCUGUCCUAGUUGUUCUUUGCCCUGUGCUCAGUGUCAAUUAAGGGAGUACAGGGCACAGACUGAGACUGCAGCUCCAUGCACAUUUUUUUUUUCCAGCUUUGUGUCGCUUCCUGUCAAGUGGGAUCAACUGCCACUUCAUUGUCCAGCCACCGCUUGGCAUCUCUCAUAAUACGUUUUUCUGCCUCAGAGCCAUAACAGAAGCUGAUGGCAUUUGACAGGCACAAUAAAUGCCUCCAGAUUCAGCUGCUCUGAAAGUGUCCUGGGUGGCAUUUGCAGGGGCUUCAACUCCACUCUAUUUCAAGAAUAGGAUUGAUACUUGUCGAGAAACAGCCAGCAUUGGAGAAGCAGAAGAGCAGUGCUUCUUCGUAAGUUAGCUUUUCAGUGAGUGUAUGCAGGCAGUCCUUUCUGAAUCUGCAAUGGAACAACUGCUUUCUCGGCCCUAUUGUGUUAUCAGCCCCAAUCAGCUAUGGUAGCUUUAUAGCUCUACAAAUUAAUGGAGUAGAUGUGUGAGCCCCAUUGCAGGAGCAGAAAAGGACUUUUCCCUUGGCCUCGCAGUGCCAAGCUAGAGAUGAUGCUAAACAUACUUUGUUGUUGUUUAGUCGUUUAGUUGUGUCCGACUCUUCAUGACCCCAUGGACCAGAGCACACCAGGCACUCCCGUCUUCCACUGCCUCCCACAAUUUGGUCAAAUUCAUAUUAGUAGCUUCGAGAACACUGUCCAACCAUCUCGUCCUCUGUCGCCAGGUAGUGUGGUUGCUGACCUUGAGCCAGACAUCCUGGAGAGUGAAGUCAAAUGGGCUUUAGAAAUCACUGCUAAUAACAAGGCCAGAGGAAGUGAUGACAUUCCAGCUGAACUAUUUAAAAUGUUAUACCCACCUUGGAAGAAUGGCAGAUGAAGGUGAUGGACUAUAUGGAAUUGGCGGAAAUGACUGGCAGAAUCCGAGACCAGGGAGAAGAGUCGAUGGAAGAAGAUUGGAAAAAGUUUAAAGACUAUUUACAGAAAUAUUGCAAAAUUAAUGAAUGUUAGAAUGAUGUUGGAUAGAAACUAAGUGGUCUUUAGCUGAAAUGUUAUAAGGGAAUAUGAAAAAAAUGGUUUAUUAAUAGGUAAAAAUCUAAAAUUACAAUAUUUUAUGAUUAAUGAUUAGGAUACAUAAAGAGGGGAGGGAUUUGUUGAACUAAUAACUGAACUGGAAUACAAAAAAGGGAGGUGUGAGGAGGUCCUGGAAAUAAGCAAAUGAAGGAUAAGUAAUGGAAGGAAUGAAUUGUUUUUAACCAUUUUUACUUUGUAUUUUUUCUUUUUUCUUUUUUUUUUUGUCUUGUAAUAUUCUGAAAAUCUUAAUAAAUAUUUUAUUUUAAAAAAAUGAACUAUUUAAAAUUUUAAAAGAUGAUGCUAUUAAGGUGCUACACUCAAUAUGGCAGCAAGUUUGGAAAACUCAGCAGUGGCCAGAGGAUUGGAGAAGAUCAGUCUACAUCCCAAUCCCAAAGAAAGGCAGUGCCAAAGAAUGCUCCAACUACCGCACAAUUUCACUCAUUUCACACGCUAGCAGGGUUAUGCUCAAAAUGCAGCUACUGCCAAAAGCAGCACCCCAACAUUUUGUUCUCCCAUAAUCCUAGCAGAGUUUACAGACCUUGUGGUGUUUGGCCUUUCCCUGCCCCUUGCCAGCCGUUAGCCCAUGGAAGAUUGCAAAAUCAGGGUGCUUACAAAUUACACCGGAUACUAUGGAGGAGGAUCUGGAUGGUUUUCAUUGCCAUCUUCACAGUUUGCAUGCACUCUGCCUUGGCUCAUAGCUCAAUGUGUGAUUGAGCCUGAUUCUCCACAACUCAUUACACUUGUGUUUAUAAAAUUUCAUAUAUGCAAGUAAGAGACAGUUGCUGUCUUGGGGCUGUUAAUCUGAGACUGUGACUCUCCACAUUUAGUGAGGAUUUUCAAAGCAUUUCCACCAAAUGGUUGGUCAGCAAAGGGGAUAUCUUGUGGUGCUCACAUGUCAGAGUGCUUUCCCCCCACAGUCUUGUGAAUUCAGUCCCUGGCAAGUGAUAGCAUUGCCGUUAUGAUCCAUACGUACUUCAGCUAAACAGAGCGGGAGUUAAUUCCAUGUGAAUACUUCGCACGCUUCUCCAGAAAAAUCUAUUGGAAUCAUUUGUUUGGGUGUGAUUUGUGGCUAUUUUCCUUGCCAAUGUUGCCUCUCUGUUUUAAUGGUUAUGCACUGACAUGUUCUCUGGCUUUGGAAAUACUUCAGGUACAUGAGGAAUUGAAAUUGGAGUUUUGAGUGAAAUGAUUUUCUGUGUGACUGAAAUACUUCAGAUAAAUUGCCUUGAUCUAUCUGGAUUCUGUGGGCCCAUUCUGUAGAUGGGAAAUGGAGGGACUCGACUGAUCUUUGUUUUCUGCUAGUGAGUUAGAGAGAUGGAGUUGUGGAUCUGCAGCAGUGUCUCAUGUUUGCCCUUGUCUGCUCCUUCCAGGUCACGCAGAUGAGUCGUCCAGACUUGAUCCUCUUUCUGAUGAAGUAUCUGAUGGCUCUGGUGGUUGGGAUUCCAUCUGUCUUCUGGGUUGGAAGUAAAAAGACCUGCUUUGAAUGGGCCAGCUUCUUCCAUGGGCGCAAGAAAAAAGAGUGAGUUGUGAUACAUAAAAGGUGGCAUGGAACAGGUUCUUCUAUAACUCAGGAACACUCAGAUUUUACUCAAAGCGGUUCUUAAGCAAGAGGCAGAUUUUCUUCCCUCAUUUUUUCCUGCUUGCCUUUUUUUCAAGCUUUCUUUGACAGGGGUAAAAACAACAACUCCAAACUGUUGUUUUCAUUUCAUUUCAAUUUCUCAAAGGAGAAUAUGGAAAGAGUAGAUUAGGCCAUCUCCACGCCACCUCCCACAAACUCUUAAACUCCUUUCCCCAAAUGUACAUGGCAAUGGGGGGAGCAAAGUCCCCAUCCACUCUUAAUAUCUCUCACUCCCCCACCCCACGCAGCAUUCUGCAUGCCAGAAAGAGGGAGGGAAGGGCCUGCUGGGUAGCAGGGAAGAGACUUUGCUGCCACCAUUGCUCCUGUCUUGCUGCUGGGGCAGAAUGAGGCCACCAAAUUGCUGACAGGUUCAAUCUUCAUCUGAGACCCUUCGCAUUUCUUCAUCCCUCUUGACAGAGGCCAUCCAUUAGCCCAGCCAACACUAAGUCUGUGCCAAACUGCUGAACCUGGAUUGAAAUGGACCCAGUUAAUCUGCUUAAUUCAGCCGUGCUUGUUGUUGAGCCGCCACCACCUUCUCAAGCAUUCUGCCCCCAAAGGGGAUAUUGGCAACUGGGCGAUAGCUGUUAGUAGUUGCUGGGUCCCCAAAAAAAGGCUUGUUAAGGAGAAGCCACAUUCCUUCAAGGCAGACAGCACCACUGCCUCACACAAUGAAGAGUUCACCUUAGUCAGGGGUGCAGAAUCGGAUGUGUCCAGCAGGCUUCUUUACCUCUGAGGGAGGCGUCUUACAAGGCCACUGUCUAUAGAAUCAGAUCAGCUACACUGACUGGGAGUGGCUCUCCAGCAUUUCACAGAUGGGUCAUUUGUUCCCAGCUUUAGCUUGAAUUGCCAAGGGUUGAACCUGGAACCUUCUGUGCUCUGAUACUGAGCUGUGGCCCAGCCAUACUGUCUUAACCUAUGCAUUAUAAACGCUGAAGGUAAGACAUGCUGAGAGGAGUCACCAGUGGGAAGAGGGCUGUUGCACUGAGGCCCUUCUUGUACAGCAGCGGUUCUCAACCUGUGGGUCCCCAGAUGUUGUUGGACUAUGACUCCCAUCAUUCCUGAGUUAUGGCCUUGCUAGCUAUGGGUGAUGAGAAUUGUAGUUCAACAACAUCUGGGGACCCACAGGUUGAGAAAGGCUGUUCUACAGGUUUCUCAGAGGCUUCUGGCUGACAAUUUUUUAAAAAAGGAUGCAGGAUUAGGUGGCCCCCCUUCGGCCUGGUCCAGCACCGGGACUCUGCAGCUACUAGUAAAAAACGAUGCUUGCCCUCCUCCAAAAAUUAUUGCUGGCUUGUAUUUCUACAACAGUGAACACCAUUUCUAGGUCUGAAUGAUCCAGAUACAGUAAGAACAGACCCCUCCCAUUCGCAUUGGGUAUUCAGUAGAUUUUUUCGCCACCUAACCUCUGCAUGCUCUUGCCUAUUGCCAUCUGUCUCUCUGGAGUCAAACUGACCGGGCUUUACUUUUGUAAACAGGGUUGUGAAUGAGAGCCGGCAAGUGCUUCAGGAGCCUGAUUUUGCUCAGUCGCUCUUGAGAGACCCCAACACACCCAUAAUCCGCAAGUCCAGAGGCACCUCCACCCAAGGGACAUCCACCCACGCUUCCUCUACCCAGCUGGCUAUGAUGGACGACCAGCGAAGCAAAGCAGGCAGCGUCCAUAGCAAAGUCAGUAGCUAUCACGGCAGCUUGCAUAGGUCACGGGAUGGCAGGUGAGAAGAUUGAAAUGGCUGUGUAAACGCAACACACCUAGGCAGAGAACACGUCGCCAUUUAAACGGGGGGUUGCCAUUUGCUGGAUGAAUUUGUGGGAGCUGAUAGCCUUUUCCCCACCCUUAGUGGUCUGUUUCAAGUUCUGUCAAUAGAGACGUGUGAGCUCUUUUUUCUCUCCCACACUGUCCACAUAGAAAACAGCAUUAAAUGGCGUUAGAUCCUCGCCGUUCUUUCCUACCCAGGUUGGCAGCAGUUCUCCAGGGUUUCAGAGUGGGUUUUCUCCUGACCAUCGAAUCACAGAGCUGGAAGGGAACACACACACCCCGGGUCAUAAGCAUAGCUGUCAACUUUUUCCUUUGUUUAAUAAUAAUAAUAAUAAUAAUAAUAAUUUUUAUUUAUACCCCGCCCUCCCCAGCCAAGGCCGGGCUCAGGGCGGUUAACAAGCAAUAAUAAAAACAAGUUGAAUGAAUACAACUUAAAAACAAGAUUAAAAUACAAUUAAAAUAUUGAAACAUUAAAAUAUUAAAAUGCAGCCUCAUCACAGGAGGAGAAAGGGAAAAGGAAAAAGAAAGAGGGGGAAGGAAUCAAAUUGGCUCCAAGCCAAAGGCCAGGCGGAACACCUCUGUCUUACAGGCCCUGCGGAAAGAAAUCAGAUCCUGCAGGGCCCUGGUCUCAUGAGGCAGAGUGUUCCACCAGGCUGGGGCCAGUGCUGAAAAGGCCCUGGCUCUGGUUGAGGCUAAUCUAACUUCCUUAGGGUCCGGGACACUAGGGUGUUGCUGUUUAUGGACCUUGAGGCUCUCCGUGGGGCAUACCAGGAGAGGCGGUCCCAUAGGUAUGAGGGUCCUAGGCCGUGAAGGAAAUUUUUUUAAGGGAAAUUCCCUUAUUCCGAAUAGGAUUCCUUGCAAGAAAAGGGAAAAGUUGACAACUAUGCAUAUGGUCUAGCCCCCUGCAAUGCAGGAAUCACAGCUAAAGAAUCCCUGACAGAUGAGUAUCCGACCUCUGUUUAAAAACCUGUAACAAAGAAAAGCUGGCCUUUGUCUAAAUUCUCAGACCUAGGGAGUGAGACCGAGCUCUGCUGAAUCUGAUCUGUGUUAUGCAUUGUGUGGGGUGGGAGGGGAGGUCCUGCAGCUAUCUGAAUGGGAAACCCAUUCUUGUCUGCGUUACUGAAACCGAUGAGUCUUUAUGAAUUAGGUAUACCCCCUGCAGUUACCGCGGGAUUGAAGAUCGACUACCUCACGGCAGCAUGUCCCGACUGACGGACCACUCCAGGCACAGCAGUUCCCACCGGCUCAACGACCAGUCGCGUCACAGCAGCACCAGGGACCUCAGUGGCAAUCCGGUGACCCACAUCACGCACGGCACCAGCAUGAACCGGGUGAUCGAAGAGGACGGUACUAGCGCUUGA